AACUAGAAUGUGACAGACAUCAUUAAAUGCUGCAUGUGCCUUUAAGAGCACUAUGUCCCACUCUACAUGUCUCUCUCUGAGCCUCAUAUGUGUUUGUUGGCAUCAGCUGUCCUCAGUGCUGAAUAGAGCAAGGACAUCUUUUCCUUCACUUCAAUGGGAUUAGAGGAAGAAAUGGCCUCUUCAUUCUGCUGGCUGUCAUCUCAGUGCUCCGAAGACAAUGUGGAAAUGCAGUAUGGAUGGAGGGCAGAAAGAAGAUCGAGAUAAGUCACAAGUUUGGAUUACAAAGCUGCUCAAUUUCUAGUUUCUUGUACAAAUGAAUAAGAAAUAUGCUUCAGAUCUCAAGGGAGUUAUGCAAAUAAUCCAAGGCUGCGGGCUCAGAAACAGCAUCCUGCACUGUUAUUUUGUUGCUGUCUAAGCAAUGACUGAACCCAGGGGUCAGAUGAUGAGUUCAAAUACUGCACACGGCAUAGUAAUGGAACCACAGUCUGCUUCAUCCAACCCCUCUGUCCCAUAUUCGUCUGUGUCUUCAAAACUUGGCCAAAGCGAAUUCAGGAGAAUCAGCUGCACAGAGGACAGCAGCCCCUAUCCGAUCCCUGGUCUAGCAGCAGACAUUCUGCACAUGCGAGUGAAAGGAGGAAGCAAAAUCCGCAAUUUACUGCGGUUUGUAACCGCUCGGAUGCAAGGUGAGGGAAGGGAUGGCAAUGGGACAUUACUGAGACAAGUGGUCUUCACUGGCUCGGGUAGGGGAGUCACCAAGACCAUCACAUGUGUGGAGAUCCUAAAACGUAAAGUGGGAGGACUGCACCAGGUGUCCAAACUCUACUACAAGAUAGUGAAUGAGGUUUGGGAGAGUCUACAACAGGGAGCACCAGGUACAACCAUGCAAAAGACAGUUCCUGCCAUCUGUAUCCUGCUCUCUAAAGAUCCUCUGGAUCCCCAGGAGCCUGGAUACCAACCACCGCAAUCCUUCAAUGUUUCCACAGACGACACGGAGAGACGCAGAGCUCUUCUCAGGCCAGCUCAUAGGCCCUCUUCACAGCACACAGCCAAGAGACUCUGUCUGGAUGACUGGACUGUAUGUUCCCCCUGAACAUCCAGAGUCUGACUCUAUUUUGUAAAAUAUGAGAGAAAUAACAUUUGUUAGACUUGAUCAGAGGCUUAUUUUAUCAUGUCUUUUUAGCAGCAUCAAUUUUGCCUAAAAAUAAGAAACACCUCAGAAUUAAGCUUGUAUAUUUUAAAGUUAAUAUAGGUUACUCUGCCUCCAAUGACAAAAACAAAGACAUUCUCUCAAUUUAUAAUCCACAAUACUGGAUUAGAAUGCAGCUUCACUGCAAAUUUGAAAAGGUCAUGAUACUCUGAAUGAUCUUUAGAAAUAUAUGUGCAUGUUGAAAUUUCAAUCUGUCUUUUGCAAACACUUUGUAACUUAGCUAUGAAAAGUAACAUACUGAAAUGUGAUUAAAUUAUAAUUAGCAGCAAUGUAAAUAGUCUUGGUAGUUAUGUGUUAGUUACAUCUGAUCAUAUUCUUAUACAUAAUGUUAACAAAAUACAAUAAAAGCACAUAGGGUUGGUC